AUGAGUACUGAGUCACAAUGCCCUUUUUGUGGAGAUUUAUUCAACCAAAUAACUCUAUUUCAACACAAUCCUAAAUGUUAUUUCGAUUUCUUCUCAAAAAAUGGGAUUACUCCACUAUGCACAUGUAGUACUUGUAAAGGAGAAAGUACACACUCUUCUUCUGAAUCCAAAGAAGCAAAAACAACAACAACAACAACACCAACAUCAUCUUAUUCCCCUAUCAGUCUUCCAAACACAGUUGAUUAUGUAGUGAAUAAGCUUUUAGAUUUCAAACAAUGCAGAGGUACGAACUGUGCUGUUUGUAACCAAAAGAUUACCAAAUCUCCUUUUGGUAAGAUUAGAAUUGGUAACAUGAUAGUAAUUCAAUGCAGGAAAUCUCAUGUAGUCGAAGCAGGUGAGGCUACUCUUUUACUUGGCAUUCUCAACAAUUAUGUAAAUCUUGUGGAGCAAAAUGGUGAUGAUUACCAACCUGGUGGCCAAUCAAUAUUUGACAUUGAUUUCGACAAUAUUGUCAACGAAGAAAGAGAGGAAUCUGAAGCUAACAGUUCAGAAGAAGAUGAUGAGGAGGAGGAAUCUGGUGAAGAAAACUCUGAUAGUGUUUCAGUCCCAAACUGUUGCGCUAAGAUCAAUCAGCCUAACAGCCAUAAGAAGAGACCUUGUAAGUUGCCAGCCAAUCGAUUGUGUAAAUACGAGUACAUUGACGGUACUGUGGUUGUUACAAAGAGCUUUUUCGCUCUCUCUGCUAGAGGUAAGUUUAUAAAUGACUCUGCAUCACCAAAGAAGAAGAGAAAGACAACAAAGAAUGUCAACAAAGAUGAUGAUGGUGAUGAUGAUGACGAUGAUGGAGAGAAUGAUGAUGGUGAAGAUGAUGAAAAAAAUAAUAAUAAAGGAAAGAAAAAAUCAGCGGUGAAGAUCAAGAUCUAUUUUUCUUUGUAA